GAAAGUUGGGCGGAACCUCCGCCUUUUGGGUGGUUUCUGAUAUCUGCGUUUGUCCUCGUCCCGUCCCCCCCGAUUUCCGCCGUGAUACCAUCUCGAGAAACCCAUCAUCGUCUCCUCCUCCUCCUCCCCCCAAGAUCGGGACAUGGCCGCGUGGCGUUCUGGAACAGCCCUUUCUUCGGUGGACAGCCGCUUCUUGCGGAUACACAGACCGAAGCGAGUGGGAUGCCACUCACCGUCCCCCCCACCUCCUGGGCUGGCUCGGAGUGUACGAAUAAUGUACGGAGUAUGUCGUAUCACCUCCGUUCCUUGAGUGACUGACCUGCCUUGGCUGCUCCAUCAGCCCUAUCCUCGAAAUCACUCGAUGGAUAUGGUCCCUUCUUGCUGGGCCUGGCGGACCACGCGGCGCCAGGUGGGUUUCCUCUUCCCGUUGAUUCAUUAAAGAUGUCCCAAGUGCCACCCGAUCAGCGUGCGGACGAAGCUGCUGAGUCCCCCUGUUAACCGCCGUCACUCUUUUUUCCCAUACUCCUUUCCCGGUUCCAGCAGCUCGCUCGCCCUCUCUCUACACUCGUCUCUUAAUUUCUACGAGGGUUGACGACCACUACUUUUGUCUCCUGUCCGUGUUAGCCAUGCAGUUCCUCAAGUUCGCCGCCGCGGCCGCCGCUUUGCUGGGCCAGGCCGCCGCCUUUCCCCCCGCUCAGCCGGAGACGAAUGGCUGCGUCGAUUCCGAGGCGCCCUACAUCCGGUCGUACUUCUACGUUGGAGGCGGCUACGUCGACGACGGCUCCGGCGGACACAUCUUCCGCGACCAGAUGUACGUCGAAAAGCUGCUCCCUGUCAAUGGCGUCUCCCAGGAAACACCGAUCGUCCUGAUCCACGGACAGGCCCAGACGGGAAGCAACUUCCUCAACAAGCCUGAUGGCGGCCGAGGCUGGGCUUCCCACUUUGUCCGACAGGGCUAUGAGGUUUACAUCGUCGACCAGACGUUCCGCGGCCGCUCCGCCUGGAUGCCCGGCUACGGCGCCUCCAAGCCGUCGACGUACUCGGCCGAGAUCAUCCAGCAGCGCUUCACCGCCGUCAAGGAGUACAGCCUCUGGCCCCAGGCCGCCCUCCACACCCAAUGGCCCGGCACCGGCAUGAUGGGCGAUGACGUCUUCGACGCCUUCUACAGCUCCAACGUCCAGUUCGUCAACAACGCCACCUACCAGCAGAAGACGGUCCAGGACGCCGGCGCCCUGCUGCUCGACAAGAUCGGCCGACCCGUCGUCCUCCUCGGCCACAGCCAGGGCGGCCUCAUGCCCAUCGUCAUCGCCGACGUCCGCCCCGAGCUGACCAAGGCCCUGAUCCUCCUCGAGCCCACCGGCCCGCCCUUCCAGGAGGCCGUCUUCAGCAACAAGUCGUCCCGCGCCUACGGCCUCACCGACAUCCCCGUCGCCUUCUCCCCCGCGGUCUCGGACCCGGCCGUCGACCUCGUCCAGCAGACCUUCGCUGCCAAGGGCGACGGCUUCGUCCAGUGCGUCCUGCAGGCCGAGGAGCCCGCGCCGCGCCGCCUCGUCAACCUCGCCGACAAGCCCAUCCUGCUCGUCACGUCCGAGGCGUCGUACCACGCGCCCUACGACCACUGCACCGUCGAGUUCCUCCAGCAGGCCGGCUGCGCCAAGGCCGAGCACCUCGAGCUCGGCGAGGCCGGCAUCCACGGCAACGGCCAUAUGUUCUUCAUGGAGAAGAACAGCUACCAGAUCCAGAAGGUCAUCCGUGACUGGAUCCAGGCCUUGUAAAGCCCGCGCGCGUGUGGAGGACAUGCGUGGUCGAGUUCGGUUGUACAUAGUGUGCUUACCCGUGCCGUUGUUACGCAAGAGGAUACCCCAUAGAUGAUGAAUGUCAUAACCUGGUAAUGCCAUACACACCAAUAUCUUCUGUUCUGCAGCUCUGAAGGUCCGUCUGGAUCGCCGA